AUGUCAGCAUAUCAUCCGAAUGAUCAAGAAAUAAUACGCAAAACAUAUUUACAAAGAGGACCUUGUCAACCUACUCAACACAAUUUUCCCCAAAGAAGAAUUGGAAAUUUAAUGAGAAGAUUUUGUUCCUCGUGGUUUAAUGAAUUCGGAAAUUGGUUAGAGUACAGUAUAGAAAAAGAUGCCGCAUUUUGUUUAUGUUGUUACCUUUUUAGACCCGAUUUUGGAAAGCAAUCAGGUGGUGAUACAUUUGUAACAGAUGGAUUCACAAGUUGGAAUAAAAAAGCUAAACUCGCAUCACAUGUUGGAGGCCCUAAUUAUUAUGUUCAUAACAUUGCUUGGAAGAAAUGUGAAGAUUUGAUGAAUCAAAAUCAACAUAUUCAAGUGGUGAUAUCUAAACAAUCUGAAAAAACUCGUGACAUGUAUCUAAGGUGA